ACAAUGUAACAAUUUAGGUGCUACUGUGUGACCAACAAAGUGUCCGUGAGCUCUGAGCGCAUCUGUGUGCCGUAGCGCUCCUCUUGUCUCUCGUCGAUGUAGACUGUUAGACACCCACCUCGGACAUCAAAUGACAAUUGUAACGAAGGCGCCGCAAGUGGGGACGGGACCGACUCACAACACAUUCAUAUGAGGCUGAUGUAUGUUACCAGUGAGGAGACUACAAUCCUCAGGAGCCACAUAGCAUCCCCGACCACCUCCUCUACCAUCUCCUCUUCCUUUGUACAGGGGCAUGCCUUCUGAACCCAGCCUCAGUAGGGAGAUGCUGACAGGACAGAGGCUCUGUCAGUCAAAGUCCCACCAGGACUCGGUCCUCUCUGCCCUCAAUCAGCAGAGGAAGGAUGGUUUACUGUGUGACGUCACCCUGGUCGCUGGUGAGCAGAAGUUUCAUGCCCACAAAGCCGUCCUGGCAGCAUGCAGUGAUUACUUUAGGGCUAUGUUUAGCUUGUGCAUGGUGGAGAGUGAGGCAGACGAAGUGACUCUACAAGGAGUGACUAGCGUUGGACUGAAGCACGCGUUGGACUUCGCCUACACUGGACAGAUCCUGCUAGAGCCAGCAGUGAUCCAGGACGUCCUGUCUGCAGGAAGCCACCUUCAGCUGCUGGAGCUCCUCAGCCUCUGCUCCCACUACCUUAUCCAGGAGCUGAGCAGUGUAAACUACCUGGAGCUGUACCGUGUGGCUGACCUGUUCCACCUCCCCGCCUUAGAGGAGGCUGUGGUGGGCUUCCUGGUGGAGCAUCUGUCUGAGCUGAGCCGGAGCCGGCAGGACGAGGCCCUGCAGCUUCCCUACCGCCUCCUCAGGGAGGUGCUGAAGAGCGACCGCCUCACCUCCCUGAGCGAGGAGGAGAUAUGGAAGCUGGUGGUUCUGUGGCUUGAACACGACUGUCGCUACCAGUACACUGAGGAUCUACUGCAACAUGUACGCUAUGGCCUGAUGGAUGUACCCACUCUCCACCACCUCGCCCAUAGUCACCCUCUGGUCCAGUCCAGCCCUAGUACUGCAGCACUAGUGGAGGAGGCCCUGGAUUACCAUCAUGCCACCUUUGCACAGCCCCUCCGCCAGUCAGCGCGCACGAGGCCUCGUUUCCAGUCUCUCACCCUCUACAUAGCUGGUGGGCGGAAACGGGAGGUAAGCAGGGUCAGGGAGCUGCGGUACUUCAACCCUGCUGCACAGGAGCAUGUACGUGUUGCGGGUGGGUCUAACUGGAGCGAGCUGGCACCCAUGCCCACUGGGCGCAGCCACCAUUGUGUUGCUGUGAUGGGGAACUUCCUGUUUGUUGUUGGUGGGGAGGUGGAGCAUGCCACUGGGAGGACAUGUGCAGUAAGGACAGCUUGUCGAUACGACCCAAGGGGCAACUGUUGGACUGAGAUUGCGCCCAUGAAGGCCUGCAGAGAACACUUUGUCCUGGGUGCUCUGGGUCAGUAUCUGUACGCGGUGGGGGGCAGGAACGAACUGAGACAGGUGCUGCCAUCUGUGGAGCGCUACUGUCCCAAGAGGAACAAGUGGAUGUUUGUUCAACCCUUUGACCGCUCACUCUCCUGUCACGCCGGCUGUGUGGCUGACAACCUGCUCUGGGUCUCAGGUGGAGUGACAAACACAGCUCAAUACCAGAAUCGACUGAUGGUGUACGACCCAGAACAGGACCAGUGGUUAGCCCGCAGUCCCAUGUUACAGAGACGAGUUUACCACGUCAUGGCUGCGGUGAGAAGGCAGCUCUACGUGCUAGGCGGGAAUGACCUGGACUACAACAAUGACCGCAUCCUGGUCCGCCACAUUGACUCCUACAACAUGGACCAGGACCAAUGGACACGCUGCUCCUUCAGCCUCCUCACGGGUGGGCAAAGUCAAAAUGAGUCUGGAGUCGCUGUCCAUGAUGACAGGAUCUAUGUUGUUGGAGGAUACUCCAUUUGGACUAACGAGCCUCUGGCAUGUAUUCAGGUGCUGGAUCUGAGCUCAGAGGGCAAGGAGGAGGUUUUCUAUGGGCCAACACUGCCAUUCGCCUCCAACGGAAUAGCAACUUGUUUCCUUCCUGCUCCUUACUUCACCUGCCCAAACCUACAGACUCUACAAAUACCCCACCACAGAAUAGGUGCUGUUUAAAUCAUCAACGAACAAAACAUCAGAAAACAUGAACACACAAGCAGAGAAUGGAGGGGACUCAACUGAUCGUAGUCAUCACUUGGAAACCUGUAAUCUCUGUCACACCAGUGUCCAGGGAUUUCUUUGACUCAAAUGUAAUAACAAUACUAUCAUGAUCUACAAAAGCCAUGCUUUCCUACACACCUCAAGGAAACUGAAAAACAAGCAGCUGUUUCAAUCAUAUGGUAUAACUGUUGUAUUUCCCUGAGGACAGAGGCAUCAUUCAUAAUGUCCAGUGAAGAUGCAACAAGUAAGAAAAAACAAUCUGAGUGAUUAUUGUUCCCUAAGAAGACAGCCUUACUUUAUGGUAAGCAGACACAUGACUAAAUGACUCAGUCAUCCACAGGAGUUCAAGAAACUGUCCUUCUUGCAACCCGUUAUGAAGCAGAAGAGCUUUCAUCGCUGCAGAAUACUUUUACCAAAGCUUAUUAACCUCUCUAAAAUCAAAUGAAAAAACAUGUUGUGCAUGUUUUUCAAGAUAUAGAGGACAAGGCGUGUUGUGUCAUUGAUUCGUAUGUGGUUUGAAAUGACAAAUUGGGUUAGCAAGAGUCAGUUGCCCGAGGCAGAAGCUCAUGUAAUUUAAAAAACUUCAGAUAAAGGUCAAAAUGUACUUCAUUAUCCUGCAUCAGCAGUGACACUCUACUGUAUGUGUGUAUGUUAUGUAGACCUGUGCAAGUGAGAUUUUUACCAUACUCAGGACCUAAGACUGUUUAUGUGCAAUAUGAAUGUCUGGUCAUUGUCAUCAUUCAGAAAAUAUUUGUGGAAUAUAUUCCAAAGUGGUAUAGUGCUAUGAUCAUCAAAACUAAUUGUUUUAGUUUGACCAGAAGAGAGAAAAUGUGAUCCCUGAACUCAGCUGUCUGUAAGAAUACAUGACAUUUUUUUUUUUUUUUUUUUAGAAUAAAGGCACUACAUAAACAACA